AUGGCAUACAACAAGGAAGCACUAGCACUUGUUGUUGAUAUCGGCGUUGGUAUGAGUGAUGUAACACCAGGAUAUGAUUCGCCAUUGCAAACAGCAUGUGAUAUUCUUCAAAUGAUUGUUCAACGAAAAAUGUUCCAAGAGAGUAAAGAUGAAUUAGCAUUAAUUCUCUACGGAUCUGAUGAAUCAAACAAUGAUCUAGCCGAUGAAGACAAUUAUCGCAAUAUUAAUGUUGUUUUUCCACUUUCGCCUGCCAAUUGGCAUCUAUUUGAAGAGAUACAGAAGAUCAAACCAGGCAAUAAUCCUGCCGAUUUGGUCGAUGCUGUCAUCGUUGCUGCCGAUCAUCUUCGACGAGAAACAGAGGGAAAACAUGGUUUUGCCGCUAAACGUGUAAUGUUGUUCACUAAUGCUGCGACAACUUUCAGCGAUCAUAGUCUCAAAACGAUCCUUGAUUCUCUUCGACGUCAGGAUAUUAUUGUCGAUGCGAUCGGCCCAACAUGGGGUCAAGUAGAUGAAGAAGAAAAUAAUCAAUCGGAUUCACCCAUUGAAGUAGAUGAAAAUUCUGAUGCAGCUCGUCCAACUACCAACAGCCAUCAUGAACAUCAAACUCCGAAGAAGCCGUUGACACAACAGCAACAAACUGGCAUUCGAGUUAUUGGUGAAAUUGUCAAUAAUACUGAAGGAACUUUGUUUACAUUUCGAGAAGCGCUGACUAUUCUCACUAUCCAUCAAUCAAAAAUUGUAAAACCAACAGCAACGAAAUAUAUUAUGCAAUUAGCUGAUCUUAAAUUACACAUAUGCACUUAUAUACAGGUUAAAGAUAAUAAGCCCGGAAUUUUUCGUUUGAAAAAAGUUUAUGCACGUGAUCCGACAACGGAGAUUAAAGUUGAUCGUGGACGUUACACGAAAGACGAGCAAGAUCAAGAAAUCGAGAAGGAAGAACUGACAGAUGGUUUCCGUUAUGGUACAACAUUUGUACCGAUUAAUAAAGAAACAUUAGAUGAAAUGAAAUAUCACAGUGAGAAAUGUUUCUCAAUCAUUGCAUUCUCCGAUGCAAAUAUGAUGAAACGAAGUUUAUAUCUUGGCGAUACAGUCUACGAAGUUAUUUCCGAACCUGGAUUUGAGGAAGAAGCUCUAGCUUUUGCUGGUCUUGUACAAGCCAUGUACGACACAAACACAGUUGCUAUUGUUCGCAAAUGUUUCAGUGAACGAAGUGCGCCUGAACUUGGCUUUUUACGUCCACAUAUUGCACACGAUCACAUUUGCAUGUAUUAUGUAAAAUUACCGUUUGCAGAAGAUUUACGUGAAUUCGACUUUGAUAAUUUGGACCUGACUAAAAAGAAUCAACCGACUGAUGAACAGUUGAAAUGUAUCGAUAAUUUAAUAACAACAAUGGAUUUAACACAUGCGGAUCGCGGUGGUGAAGAAGCACUUCAACCGGAACAUAUUUUUAACCCAUACAUUCAGCGAAUGUUUCAAUCAAUCGCUCGACGUGCGGUGACUCCUGACGAGCCUUUAUCAUUGUCAAACUCAAUUAUGGAAAUGAAUGAUAUGUUAUUACGAUCGCUUGCUGCGAAGAGCAAACGAGCAUUGGAAGCAAUUCAUGAAAAAUUUGUUCUCCAUGAUACCGGUCGUCGGCAAAAGAUCACGACAGGUGAUGCCUUAUUCGGUAAUGUCGAUAGUGCAUCGAAGAAACCUCGUUUGGAUGAAAAUGAUAAUGUUGAAGAGCCGAUAACCGAUUCGUCGGUGACAAUCAGUGAUUCUGCUUCAUUCGAAGCUCAAGCUGCAGCGAAAAAGAAAGCCGCAAUACGAAAUGUUGGUACUGUAACACCUGUCGAAGACUUCAAAUUCUUAAUCGAACAAGGUUCGCCGUCACUUAUUGAAGUAUGCAAACAAAUGGCGAAUCUCAUACUCGAAUUAAUCAAUAAUUCUCAUGGUGAUGCCUUAUUCGAUAAAGCUUUUCAAUGUUUACAAUGCUUACGUGAAACAUGCAUCACUAAAUUAGAACCAAAGAUUUUCAAUGAUUUAGAGUGUUUAAUUAAAAAACAUGCGUCAACCAUCGACGGACGAAAAGAUUUCUGGAAAAAACUUGUCGAUGAGAAAUUUACCUUAAUUACCAAUGAAGAAUGUGCGGAAUCUAAUGUUAUACCUGUUGAAGCCGUGAAAUUUCUUGAGGAUGAAACACCGGCUGAGAUUCUUAACAAUGAUGGGCCAACAGCUGCACAGGAUGGUGAGGAUGAGGAUCUGUUCGAUCUCAUUUAA